CAGAGUAGGGGUUGGGCGGUGCAAGGAAGGAAGAGGAAAACCAAAUCAAACCAACCCUUCUCUUUCCCUCAUAUAAAAAUCAAAGAGUGAACAUUGGAAGUUGAGGGGUUGAAUGAAAUGUCGCAGGUGAAUGAUAACGCGCCCUCAACGCCAGGGAAAUUGAAGCCAGAAAAAUCACCAUACAUUCACCACCGCCUCAGAAUCCAUUCUUCACUCUCAAAGCUCACACUCUGGUCAUCAUUCUUUCUCGCAUUCAUCCUCUUCUUCUUCAUCCUCUCUCCUCCGUCGCCCUCCGCCUCCCCCCGCCGAGCCCUCGGCGACUCCUGGGGCGGCUCCCACUGGGAAAAGCGUGUCGCCAAAUCCGCGCGUAGGAACUCCGCCUCCAACCUAGCCGUCCUCGUCACCGGCGCAGCAGGCUUCGUCGGCACUCACGUCUCCCUCGCACUGAAGCGCCGCGGCGACAGCGUCCUCGGCCUCGACAACUUCAACCGCUACUACGACCCCAACCUCAAGCGCGCGCGCCAGAGGCUCCUCGACCGCGCUGGCGUCUUCAUCGUCGACGGGGACGUCAAUGACGGCGCGCUUCUCCGGAAGCUCUUCGACGUGGUGCCGUUCACGCACGUGAUGCACCUGGCGGCGCAGGCUGGGGUCCGGUAUGCUAUGCAGAACCCUGGAUCCUACGUGCACAGCAACAUCGCAGGAUUCGUGAACCUUCUAGAAGCGUGCAAAUCGGCGAACCCGCAGCCCGCGGUUGUUUGGGCUUCGUCAAGCUCCGUUUACGGUCUGAAUUCUAAGGUUCCGUUUUCGGAGAAGGAUCGAACGGAUCAACCGGCGAGCCUCUACGCGGCGACGAAAAAGGCCGGCGAGGAAAUCGCUCAUAGCUAUAACCAUAUCUAUGGGCUUUCCAUAACUGGGCUUCGGUUCUUCACGGUUUAUGGGCCGUGGGGCCGGCCCGACAUGGCCUAUUUCUUCUUCACGAAGGACAUUCUGAAGGGGAAGCAGAUUACGAUAUUUGAAGCCCCUGACGGUGGAACCGUGGCGAGGGAUUUUACCUACAUUGACGAUGUUGUUAAGGGGUGUUUGGGGGCUUUGGAUACGGCAAAGAAGAGUACUGGUAGUGGCGGCAAGAAAAAGGGACCUGCGCAAUUGAGGGUUUUCAAUUUGGGGAAUACUUCGCCUGUGCCAGUGAGUGAACUCGUGGCGAUUUUGGAGAAGCUUCUUAAGGUUAAGGCCAAGAAGAAGGUGCUUCCCAUGCCCACUAAUGGAGAUGUUAAGUUCACUCAUGCCAAUAUUAGUUUGGCCCAUAGGGACCUUGGUUAUAGGCCUACCACUGAUUUGGAGACUGGGCUCAAGAAGUUUGUGAAGUGGUACCUUGAGUUUUAUUCCAAGAAGAGUGCUUGGUGAAUAGUGAUUCUUUUGCUUUGCUGCACUAGUCAUUGUUCCCUUCCCUUAUUCUUUUGCCCUCGAGUUGCUUGUAAUUGGACUUUUACGGUUGUAUUAGGGAUUACGGAUAAACUAGCUUCGUGUUCUGUCUUUUUUGUAAUUUUGCUUCGUUUUCAUGUUCAAUUGUAUGCUUGCCUUUUAGGUUAGUCAUUGUACAUUCUUUAGUUGAUCGAAUUGAUAUUACU